CUUUUAUUACCUUUAUUUAUAAUCUAAUUUAUAAUGCCAAGCAUUGAAUCAGAUGCUAUUAUACCACCACUUGGAGAAGACCAUUCUCAAAAUACAGUGCUAGAUUUAGAUAAUGACUCAUUAACAUCUAGAUCAACUGAUUGUAAAGACAUGUCAAACAACGAAUCAAAUCACAAUAGAAAAUCAAGUGAUGAUAACGAACAUAUUGAGUAUGUAGAUUUAUCAUCAUCUUUAUCUUCAUUCAAUGAAUCAGCAUCUUAUUUUGAAAAGCCUUUGCGUACACUUUCACAAGAUACAAUUUCGACAACACCUUCAAUAUCGGAAGAACAAGAAGUAAAAAACAAAGAUAAUGAAAGUCAUAAUCCUUUAAAGAUCAUUACAUCUGCUCUUGUAUCAGGUAAAAAACCUGAAGUCAAUCCGGUACCUAUACCAACAAGAAUAAACAAUACAAGAGAUGCUAUCUACGAAACUACAGUGUCUCCUGGUACAACUACAACACAUCAUGUUCGUGAGAGUGUAGAUAAUGAAUCGAUUUCAAGUAUAUCUACAGCUAAAUCUGUUUUUGCACUUUGGUCACCCUUUCGUUCUUCUUUUACAACAAAUAGCACAUCAUUGAUUUCAUCAAGGCGACCUUCCACAAAACAAAAUUCGACUUCUUCAAGUAUUAAAAGUAUAUCUUCUAGACCUUCUGCUUCAUUUGCUGCUCGACAGAAACGAUUGUCUAGACCAACAAGCAUUAUAUCUCCUUUACCAGGAUUUCAGGAGGCUUUAUUAGCACAAAUGGAGCAAUUAAAUACAGAAAAUACCAACGAUCCUAAAUCGAAAGCGAUGAAGAAUCUAAAGCGACAAUCUAUAAAACAAAGCCUUGUAUCACAAAAUAAAGGUGAUGAGUAUGAUUGGGAUUUUUGGGCAGGCAUAAUGUGCGAUUAUCAAAAUUUGAAUAAAGUGAAUAAGGACUUGAUUAAACAGAUUCGAUUUGGCAUACCUCCUUCUAUUCGUGGUAUGGUUUGGCAGCUAUUAACUAAAUCAAAGAAUGAAGACCUAGUUUUAAAAUACAUGGAAUUGUUAAAACUUCAAAGUCCAUAUGAUAAAAUGAUUCAGCGAGAUUUAGCACGCACUUUUCCUGGUCAUACUUAUUUUAAGGAGACAGAUGGACAAGGGCAAGGAGGCCUUUAUAACGUAGUUCGUGCUUACAGUUUAUAUGAUAAUGAAGUAGGAUAUUGUCAAGGAUUAGCAUUUAUUGUUGGACCUAUGUUGCUAAAUAUGCCUGAUGAAGAUGCUUUUUGUUUACUUGUACAGUUAAUGAAUAACAAAUACGGUAUUCGAGGUCAUUUUACACCAGAGAUGGAUGGAUUACAGCUACGACUUUAUCAAUUUGACAAUCUAUUACAAGAAUACCUUCCACAUAUCUCACGACAUUUAAAAGAACAGGGCAUCAAUUCAACAAUGUAUGCUUCACAAUGGUUUAUGACUUUAUUUGCCUACAAAUUUCCCUUGGAUCUAGUUUUCCGUAUUUAUGAUGUUAUCUUUACUGAAGGUAUUAGCUCCAUAUUUAAAUUCGCUUUGGCUUUAUUGAAACGAAAUCAGACUGCGAUCCUUGGGUUUGAUUUUGAACAUUUAUUGGAUUUCUUGAAAAAUGGACUUUUUAAAGAAUACAAGGAUGAUGAUCGACGGUUCGUCCAUGAUGCCUGUGAGUUAGAAAUUCCCCUUAAAAGAUUAACUCAAUUAGAAAAGGAACACAAAUUACAAUUACAAAAGGAAUUAGUAGAUGCUCAGUUAAUAGAUGAACUACAAAAAUCAAAUAUCAAACUUGAAAAACAACUCAAAUCACUCGAGACGAAUGUAAGCACAUUGAAACAAGAACACCAAGAUAUAAAUGGACAACUUAGUGAGACAUUAAAUCAAUUAAAUCUUAUGAAAGAAGAAGGUAAUUCACUUCGUACAUUAGUAUUAACAUUACAAAAUGCAGUAAAUACGUUACCAGAAAAGAUUGAAUCAAAAACAAAGGAUGACUUUGAAAAUCUUUGCGAGGAAAAUGCUAGUUUAAUAGGAAAGAACUCAGCUCUAGAAGACCAAUUACAGAAGAUGGAGACUAGUUUAAUUGAUUUUAAGAUUCGAUAUGCACAGAGCGAAAAUGAAAAAGAAGAGCUGCAUAGAAAAUUAUAUGAGUUGAAAAAGAAAUUGAUGAGUUUUUAA